AUGAACUUGCAGGCCUGCCAGAAGCUCGCCCGCGCCUACCGCCUCGAUGAAAUCGCCUGCAGCGUCGCCACCAUGCAGGGCGCGUCCACCCUCGACGACAUUGGCGCCAACGUCCUGCACCGGAACCGCGACGAGGUCGACGGCAAGUACGUGCACUUUUUCCACGAAAAGAUCCCUUCCCGCCAGCUGGCCGACCACACCAGCCUCGAGCCCCUCAACGACAUCAUCGCCGCCUGCCCCACCGACCCGGAACCCUACCGUACCCGCGCCAUGAUCCGCGGCUUCAUGCACAACUUUGAGGGCGCCGUCAGCGACUUUACCACCGCCCUCGACGUCCACCGCCUCUACGGCAAUAGGCACCCGAACCCCCGCGCCCGCGCCCUCCUCCUCGGAACCCUCGGGCUCCCCAAACGCAAACGGGGCUUCCGCAUCCGCCCUCGCCGGCAAGCGCCCUCCCAACGUGAGGCUACGCGAGGAGGAGCAGCCGACGAGCUUGAUCCCGCAGUUGCUCUUUAUGCGCGCGUGUGCCUACCUCACCCUCGCAUGCGAUCACGAAGCAGCAGCAACAACAACCGCCACAAUACCUCCCCCGUUCCCCUUCCGACCAAUCGCCGCCCCGAAACCCCCAUGGACCCAGAAAUCCUCGCUUCCCGCAAAACCGUAAAAGCGCACGCGAAACGCGCCCUUAAAGACUUCCUCGCCUUCCUCGCCCACCUCGACUACACCCCGCACAUGCCCCAGGACGCCGUCAACGAAUUCACCGAAAAGAUUGGCCAGGCUGCCUCGGGCGCCCGCAACCCCGCCACCCUCUACCCCCGGCGCCACCCUCGCCCCGCGCAUCGUCUACCCCGUGCCUGCACCUACCACCCUCUGCUCACCGAGGCCCUCCACUCCCUCCUCCUCUGCCACUGCCUCCUCCAAACCUCGCGCACCGAGCUUGUCCGCCACGCUCACAACGUCGCCCGCCUCGCCCGCCUCGCCGACGCCUACCCCGUCUUCCAGGCCAGUCGCUCCGCCGCCCGCGCCGACUGGGUCGACAUCCUCGAGAAAACGGACCUCGCCCCCGCCUUGCACGGCCCCUGGGACCCCCAGCAGCAACGCGCCCUUGCUCGCUGGUCCGUCACAGACGACGGAAAAGAAUACCCCAUCGUCACCGACCGCGCUCUCCUCGUCGCUCGAUGGAUGCGAGACGUCCCCUUUGUCUCUACCGGCACCGCUGCCAAGAAGAAGAAGCGGAGGCCCCUACCGCCGCCGCCGCCGCCGCCGCCGCAGCGAGGACAGCUGGAAAACUACCCCUCUUGGCUGCCUCUCCUUCCCCUCUUGUCAACCUAG